AUGUCCACUUUUGAUGGAAUUGUUCCAGUCGAUUACUUUCGGAAAAGCCCUGAGAGAUCAGCUCCAUUGGCUUGUUUUCUAAGUCAUGUUCAUAGCGACCAUCUGCAGGGCCUGGAGUCCUUUCGGGCUCCUUUCAUUUACUGCUCAUCAGGAACUCGAGAACUGUUGCUACGUAUUGAAAAAUAUCCACAUCGCAUGAACUUCCAGAAGGGCAUCCUCGAGUCAAGGCGACUGCAUUACAAGCAUCUAGCAAAAAUUUUGCGCCCGAUCCCGUUGAAUACACCCACCGAGAUUGAACUCACCCCGAGAAAGCAUGUCCGAGUCACACUGUUCGAUGCGAAUCAUUGCGCAGGGGCUGUCAUGUUUCUAAUAGAGGGAGCCGGGAAGGCCAUCCUGUAUACGGGGGAUAUCCGAGCGGAACAAUGGUGGACAAAUGCCCUGGUACGACAUCCAGUCUUUAUCCCAUAUACGAUGGGUCGGAAGCGACUGGAUAAGGUAUACCUGGACACAACUUUUGCCGCGGCAUCUAACCCGCUCCGGGAAUUCCCAUCCAAGGCCCAGGGACUCGCGGAGCUGCUUCAAAAAGUAGAAUCCUACCCAGAUGAAACGGUCUUUUACUUUCGUGCAUGGACAUUCGGUUACGAGGAUGUAUGGCUAGCACUGUCAACUGCACUAAGGACAAAGGUUCAUCUAGACCGGUAUCAGAUUGGUCUUUAUCGAGCCUUACUGAACAAUCCUGGUAGCGCGAAUGAAGCCACUGCGCUUUGCGGGUUUCAACUGGGAAAUAGAAAUGUGGAAGGCUGCUUGAGUGACAGUGAGUCCAGCAGGAUUCACAGCUGCGAACCAGGGGUAUCGUGCAAGGCUGCUCGGGACCCGAACACGGUCUACAUUACACCCAUCGUAAACCGUACCCGUGAUGGUGCAGAAAUUCCCGAGGUCGGAGCUGGUGGAGGCGGUGGCGACUUGUAUCAGGUCCACGAGCUAGAGUUGCCAGAUGAGUCCGCGCUAGCGGCCCUCGAGAAGCUCUGUGCCCAGCAUAUUCCCAAUCAGCAGCUUCUUUUACAGACUCGGGAUGCAAUUUCAAAGGCAUUCCGAUCAAGAAAAAAAGUCCUGUCUCUUGACCAAUAUGACGUACAAGAUGAUGAGAUUUCUUUGGAGCAGCUGGUAACAAAGCUUAGUCGGGGAAACGAUCAGGGCUCUGUACCCAAUCUACCGAACACUAUUCGCUUUCCAUACUCUCGACAUUCAUCCUACGCUGAACUUUGCGCGCUUAUCGCUGCAUUGAGGCCUAAGGAUGUCCACCCUUGUACAGUAGACCCAUCCUCGUGGUCCGAAAAUGUCUCCAUCCGGACUCUUUUUGGUCACUUGUGCUCUGGAGAAGAGUUCACACACGAUAUUUACAUGCGUGAGACGCUCGAAAUGCGGUACGACGAAGAACGCCGUGCCAGAAAACGAGCCCGGUACGAGGAUGACUCGACUCAAUCUACACAGUCCAGCAUAUGCGAAGAACUCCCCUCGGAUACUGGUAGAAAACGCCAAUCUGAAUCUUCAAUCACUUCCAAAACACCAGAAAGAAUUCAAGCCAGACAUGAGGAAAUCCGACAGGCACACCGCUACUUACAUGACCACGCUGACCCGGAGGCAUUGCAAAUCGGCCCUCUCCCCUCCUCGGUGCCAACAAACGAAGAGGGAAACAAGAAUGACUUCAGAACCAUCGCCCAUUCGCAAGAAGAGGAGGAAGAGGAGGAAGAGGAGGAAGAGGAGGAAGAGGAGGAAGAGGAGGAAGAGGAGGAAGAGGAGGAAGAGGAGGAAGAGGAGGAAGAGGAGGAAGAGGAGGAAGAGGAGGAAGAGGAGGAAGAGGAGGAAGAGGAGGAGUCGUUGACUCCGCGACUCCAACCAUACACAGACUCCUUCGCCGACGAUGGAAUCAAUUCUGACCCUCCACUACCCGUCAGCCAAUCGUACUCUCAGCUUCCAGACAGUCAACAAACCGAUACUCUCACCCUACCAAUAUCUGUACUAGCACCUUCUUCUCCCAUUGACGUCGAUAGUUCCCUGGUCGGAGACUCUCCCCCGGGUGGAGAGUCAUCCGAAUUAGGCCCAAGGGCGAGUGCCGGUCGACAACGAAUCAUGUCGCGCCUGCACUCCCGUAUUUCGGCGUAUAUCGCUGCUUCAGAGGGGUCGUAUUCGGCAUGGGAGGAUCACUCGCUCGUUUCAGCGGGGUCCAACCAUAAUGAGGAGGAGACGGAGCUGUGA